AUGUCUUUCUUCGGACUAAGGUUCACGCAUAUUGAUGAAGAUGAACGUGCUCAAAAAAACACAUUCACGAAAUGGAUGAAUUAUCAUCUUGAAGAGCAUAGCUCAUCUGGAAGAGUAAACGACUUGUAUGAAGACAUUAAAGAUGGAGUACUACUUUGUCACUUGAUUGAGGUUUUAACCGGUGAAGCACUGCCAGUCAACAAAGCUCGGGUAUCGAAACGGGUUCAUCAUAUAGCUAAUCUAACGACUGCUCUGGCUGUGCUAAGAAGACGUGGCUUGGAACUAAUAAAUAACAAUCCUGUUGAUAUCGCAGAUGGGAACCCACGAAUUGUCCUUGGUCUCAUUUGGCAAAUUAUACUCCAUUUCCAGAUAGAGGCAAAUGUAGCGUUGUUACGAGAGUGGGGUUGGGGCGCGACAGCUUCUGUUCAAGCUUCAACAUCUCGCCCCGUUACUCCUUGUUCGCCUUCAACUUCGAAUAUACCUUCAAGACCUGCUACUCCCAGCAGAAGUCCAUUCAAACAACGAUUAGCUUCACUCUUGCCCUCCUCCUCCUCAUCACACACACCAUCUAAUAAAGAUCCGUUGCGGGUGUCCAUGAAACAAUUCAAGUCUUCAGUUGAACAAGUUAUGAUUCGCUGGAUAAAUUCUGAAGUUGCUAGUAAAAUUGGCGAAAAAGUAGAGAAUAUGGACAAAGCAUGGAAAGAUGGCGUUUUAUUUAAUGCACUGGUUCAUAGAUGGAGGCCGGAUGUGGUGGAUAUGAAACGAGUGAGACAGUCUCAACCUAGAGAGAAUUUAGAAAAUGCUUUCGAAAUGGCUCAUCGCCAUUUAGGAAUCAGAAAACUACUUGAAGUUGAUGAUGUACUCUGUGAAAAGCCAGAUAAACGAUCUAUUAUAACUUACGUUUCUCAAUUUGUACAUACUUUUGGAGAAAGGAAACCGAUGGAAGAUGAGCAACCCGAAACACACAGCAAGUUCAUUGAAUGGCUCAAUGUUACCAGCAUAAUGGAUCUGAGAUAUGAGCAACAACAAGUCUAUUUCCGUGUCAGAAAGGAGUUCGUGGAAUACAGAAGCUUGUACAAUGCUAUUAUGAGUAGCCGCAUGAACUUUACCGUACAGGAACUGACUGACAUCGAGAGAAAGUGGGAUUGUAUUCGUGCUCAGCUGGAAGCUGCCAUUAUACGAAUAGAAAAUUCUUUACCCGAACCCUUUGCUAGUCUAUCACAAUGGACUGCAGACAGUCAAGUUCUAAUAACGCAACCUCUGGAUCUGUCCACAGAAGAUCCCGCGAAAUGUGUCCUUCAGCUUCAAAAGUUGAUGACAGAGCACACGAAUCAUUUCCUAGCAUUAGAGAGCAAUCGAGAUGAGUUACGGAGUGCAAUCGAGAAGGGAGGACUUGGCGGUAAACCUUUAGCACCAGAGUUUGUAGAACCUUUACGAGUUCGACUCAACACACUUGCUGAAGAAGCUCCUAUUCGCUUAGCAACUAUUCGAAUUCUAUUGUCUCACUAUGUAAUAUUAUCUUAUCUAAUGGAUAUCGACAGAAAGAUGGAUCAGUGGAGCUGUGCUGACAGUAUCGCUUUACUUUCUCGUUGGAUAAAAGAGUAUCAACAAGUUCAUGCGGAAAAUCCAAGAGCACGAUGUGAUAAAUAUCUUGAACAUUUAAGGAAAACAAUGGAAGUAUCACCUGAAACAAAGCUCGACAGCAAUACUUUACUACAGUCCAGUAGUAAGCGAAUUUCUGCAACUUUGGACAAGUUCGAUAGUCUGCAUUCGGAGUUAUUGACUUUGAAAACGUUAUGGUGCCAAUGGGAAGACGAAAUAGUUCGACUAGAAGCUUUAGCAGAUGAAGGAGUUCUUAACAAUACAAACACAUUAUCAGACUUUUCAACUGAUAUUUGUUCGUUGGAAUCAACAGCUGAUGGCUUAGCCCCAAUGCUAUCAACGUCAGCACGAAUUGCCGUGCAACAUCGCAUGGAUAAACUGCGGAAAAAGGCUCUCCAGCUGAGCAGGUUGUCUGUUGGAGCUCGGCUGGUUGUAGACAUAGUUCCGUCAACUUCUCAAAAUAUAGAAAAACCGAAUAUAACAAAUCUGGCUGAAUUAGAUGAAGAAGUUCUGAAACUUGAGAUGGUCUUGCGUGCCAAACUUCAUCCAGGACCGCAUGAGUUACAAGAAGGAUUUGGAAGACUUCAAACAAAUAAGCGAUUGAAUUCAUUGAAAGGAAUAAGACCACGUUUAGUUGCAAUCGAAGAAUAUAUGGAACAAGCUAAACAAUGGCUUAAUAGCUCAGAAGAUUACGAGAGAGGGAAAGCCACCGAUGUUUUGGAUCAGCUUCAAAAAAUGGUGGAGAGUUUACAAAAUGGAAACGAAGCAGAGUUUGUGGAUUGCCGCCAAUAUAUUUUCUCUAUUGAGAAGCUCUAUUCUCUUAUGAAUAAUGUUCCUCAAUCUUCCUCAAGUUAUGUAAGCAGUAUCAAUCCACCUGCAGACAAGGAACAUGUUAAACAAGUAAUCUCUCGAAUGAAAGAAAUUAUAAGGAGACGUGAGAAGAAUGAAGAUGAUGUUAGAACGUCAACUCAGGAUAUGGAAGAGUGUUCAAUCAUUGUCCAAGAUUGGAACAGCAGACGUUUAGAAGAAAUAAGAAGGAUAUGGAAACUCAAAAAACAAGAGUUUAACGAGUGGGAGAGCCUCAUGGAAAGGUUGAUGCAAAUAAUAGUCAACGUCGAGAAGGCGCAAUUCGUGGAUUCCAAAACAUUGAGUGAAUUGCGAGCCAUGGAAGUAUUAUCCAAAAAAUUCACAUACACUGAUUUGGGAGAAACUUCAAAGAAUGCGUUGUUUGAUUUCCGUAAUCGCUUGAUCGUAUUACUUGAAGAACGACUGAAUGGAAUUCGAAUGGUUGGCGAAGAUGAUUGUAGCGUGGCCCACUCUUUAGUAAAGGAGGUAGGAGAGGAGUUGGUGCUUUAUUGUAACCAACUUAACGAUCGAUACGAAUACACACGACAAACGCUCGACAGCAAAAUGGAGCUGUUUAAGCGUCUCCAGAAUUUUUAUGAUGCUGUACGUUCCUUACGUAGUCAGAACAAUCACUGGAAUGUUAUUACUCUAGCAGAGGUUCCUUCUGUAUGCUCAGAACUCGAGGUGCUGAUCGAGAGAUGUACGACAGAAUGGAAGAACGAUGCAGAAAAACUGAGAGCCGAAGUAGUUGCUAUUCAAGGCAGCUUUUUCCAACUUGAAUUUGACCGUGUAAACGAAAAGCUCAACAUGCUUAUGGUAGAAUUGAAUAAGCUUCACUCUCUAAUGUUACGACGCCAAGAAUUCCUCACAAUUACUACGGAAUUUAUUCAGUUUACCGACUCCUCUCUCGAUGUUAGUCAACAUGCUACCUCCAGCGAACAGUCCACAGAUAUGCAGGGCAUAGUUACUGAUAUUUGUGCAAGAUUAGAAGAGAAAGCUAGAUGUCUUCGUGAUUUGAGUGAAAAUGCGGAAAUGACGAUCACUGACUUCUCGGCUGGUGCUAUCAUCAGACAUUUCAGAAAGCGACAGUUAGGCGAGGAGGCUGAGCCGUCGUUCGAUCUGCUUGCACAAAAACUGGAAGAACUUAUCGGGAAGAAACUAGUGGUUACAGAGAAUACAAACGAUUGUAUUGCUAAUAUCCUACAGCUGAAGGAGAUAGCGGAAAACGAGGAAAAACUCAUUGAGGAAAUGAAGGAUGUUCAAAAAACGGAAAAAGAGGAAAAUAGAUUCAAAGUGUUAUAUGCUGGAUUCAUGAAGCACCGAGAACAGAGAGAGAAAGACACUGUACACCUUAUUCUACAAUACUUGGAAUAUCUGAAUUUGAAGUUCCGAGAGUAUGAAGACGAUAUUGGAAACAUGAUUGAUCACAGUCUGACGGAAGAGCUAGGAAUAGUAAACGAAUCGCUGUGGAAUCAGUGGAAGAACGAUGUCACCGAUUUUGAAAAAAUUGUUGGACAAUCCAACAGAAACAAAUUCCGACCUGAAUUCACCGAUCUUCAAAGAAAAUUAGUCUCCCUUGAUAGCCGAAUUGCCCAGCAUUUGAAUCAAUCAUCUAAACUCAAGAAACAGAGUGAAAAACUGGCAAAAAAGAUUUCUCUGUUCCAAGUAUGGCUUGAUACCAUGGAAAGAGAUAUCUGCACCGUAGAGCAAAUCUCCUCUGAAACAGAACGUGUUACGCAGCUCACGCACUUGUAUAGAAUCUGCCUGAGCUAUCAACGACUAGUGCAUCACCUCGAGAGAAUCACUUUCCAAAACAAUGAUCAUAUUAUUCAACUAAUUCAACGGUACAACCAGCUUUUGAAUAAGUUGAGAUCAUACGAUUUACCGGAAGCUGAAGGAAUUCCUCUUCAUGUUCCUUCGGCAGUGCAAGGCUUUUCACAAUCUCAAAUUUCCAUCAGCUCUUUAGCUUCUUCUGAGAAUGAGAGGCCUGAGUCGGUUAUGUCUGUGACGUCCAGCUUGGACGAACCAACACAUCCUCAAGAUGUCAUAAGAAAAAAAGUAUCACGUCUCUUGAGAAACAUGAUGGAAUCCUACAGUUUCGGGGCCAAGCCUCUUUCAAUUGUUGAAGAAGACCUUCUACAGCUCCGAGAGCUCGAAAAAGAGGUGACUGGUGCAAUAUCUGUUCUAUUGCAAGGCGAUGGGGAACCAGUAAAUGAAGGUGUUAAACAUCGUUUACUAUUCUUGAAUCAACAGAUAAAGGACUUUUCACAUAAACUUGAGAAGGAAGUAGAGGACGAAAAGGGCUUAUCUGCAAAGCAGACUGAAAUAAUGGAUGAAUUGACGAAACUAGAGGAUCGUGUCAAAAACAGAGCCAACAUAGACUUCACUAACGAGCUGGAUCAUUUAGAAAUGCAAAUGGAUAUGCUCAAGGUCAUUUCUAACCAACCUCGCCAAUACGUUGAAUGCGAAUUCAUCGAUUCUUCGAGCCGUGAAAGCUCACCAUCCGAACGAAGCAAACGUAGAAAGAAAGUGCUCGUUAUGGUUACAAAUACAGUUACUACCAUUAUUCAAGUAGUAGAAGAACGUAUGCUGACUAUUGAAUCUUCUGUACAACCCCCAGCUAUUCAAGAAAAAAUACGCAAUGUGAAGCACAACUUGAAGUUAUUGGACAAGGAAAGCAUAACACUCUCUGAAGAACAGCCUGAGUUAUCGUCUAUAGAAAAUUCAGCUGUUCUCAACGAAAUUGAACAUAUUCGUGAGAAUAUUGCAAAGGCUAGCGAGAUUGGGUGUGAUGAUACAUCAUCACCUCUUGAUCUUGCUACAGCUGCUGACUCCCUGAAAGAAACCGAAAACCGCCUGGAUAUAUUACGAAACGAACUUGAGAACUGUGAAGAUAAUUCGAAUUUGGAUGCUGUCAGUGCCGUCGUAGAAGAACUGAAUGCAGUUCAAGCUAGUAUAGAUGACAGGUUAGACGAAGAGCACGACACACCGCAGGACUUACUAGAAGCGGAGAGCCUCAUAUCAAGACAGGACGAAGUCGUUCAGCAAUUGCAACAGCUAUUGGAAGAGUCUGAUUCUUUGGAUCGAGAAAUCAGCUCGAAUGUAGAGAAUCUAGAGGCAGAGUACCCCAUCAUGAACUCGGAAAACGUUUCAAUCAAACUUGAUGAAAUUCGUACCGUUUUGGAAAGAACAGAAAUAGAAAGUGAAUCCACAGAGAAGACGAAGGAAGCUUUGUGUGAAGCAUUGAACACUAUCAGUGAACAGCAGAAUGAACUUUAUCUACUGAAGGAUGUCGUUCACAUAAUGAACGAUAUUGACCUCUUGGACAAAAUAUCCGAAAUCGAUGAAUAUGGACGCUGUAUACACGAGUCCAUCAAUGAUCAAAUAGCAUCUAUCGCAGAGCAUAGCCCUCAACCGAAUAUAGAAGAAAUUAAACAAAUAAUCACUGAAAUUUCUGAUUCCAUCUCUCGGGCUUCACAGAUACCGGAAGAAACCAAAACAUCUGAAGCUAUCCGUGAAGUGUUGGACGAUUUAGCAUAUAAAGAACCGUUGUUAUUCAAACUGAAGGAUAUACUUGAUAACAUGAAUACCACCGACCAACAUGUGAAGGAAAUUCAGACUGAACUUAUCGACAAUGUCUCCAACAUUGAAGAAGAAUGGAGAGCUGUUCAGAUGUCACUGCAGGACAAACUCGAUUCUGUUGAUCAAUUCAACAGCGCAAGCGCCGAAUUGAAGACAGAGCUUCUCGGUAUCCAGAACACAAUACCGAAUAUGACUUCGGAAAUGCAUGAAAGUACUGUGAUUCAGAUCGAAAAUCUCUUCGAGAAACUGAACGAUCUACAAGAAACUGCAAAGGAUUGUGUUGCCUCGGAGGAUUACCUCGACCGAGCUGAAGAACUUCGCAAGCAACUAAUAGAAGUGAAUCAAACUCUCAAUGCAAGCAUAGAGCGAACGAACGCACUCGAUGAGAUGCUUACAACCAUAGAAAAUGUGAAAAAUCUCAUAGACCAACCGGAAAACCAGGACUUCAGUCUUGAAAAGUACGAUAUCCUUAUUGAGGAGUUACCCGUAGACCGUAGGAAUGAACUUCGCCACAAGCUUGAUGAAGCCAAGGACGCUAAGAAGAAACAUGAAGAAGCUAACAAUGUUCCAAAGUUGGCUGAAAAACUUGCAGCUAUUGGUGAUGUUUUACCUGCUGAAUUGGAUGAGCAGAAGAAGAAACUUGUUGACAGAAUUCAUAAUAUCAAUGCUAAUGCUGAUGCUAAGCUUGAUGAAGCUGUCAGAGCUCAAGAAAAGUUAGAAGAUGUUACAGCUAAAUUGGACAAGGAUAAGGAAGAUGUUGAACUCAUUCUCAAGAAGUUGACUGAGCCACAAUCCAUUGAUAAGAUCGACGAGGAAUUGACUAAACUACAACAGAUUAUUGGAUCAAUCGAUACGAAUGAUCUCGAGAAAACAACUCCUCAACUCGCUCGUACUGCUAACGAUAUUAAGGAGCAGGCUAAGAAAUUGGCCUCUCCUCUGGAAAAGGUUUUACCCCAAGAGCACAAACUUCGUGAAGAUAAUAAGAACUUGAAUAAUCAAGUGAAGCAGCUCGCUGAUGCUUUGGCCAAUAUCAAUGUUGCUGAUUCUGAGAGAGCUGUUCCAGUUAUCGACAACCUUAAAGAACAAAUCGAUCAACUUGCUAAGGACAUUGAAUCUCACGAAAACGAUCUGAACAACAAGAACAAGGAUUUAGUGAAGGAUGAUGACUUGGCACAAAACUUGAAUACUCAAGUAGUUGCAUUGGUUGAUGAAGCUGCCCAAAAACAAGCUGCUCUUGCUGAUACUGUCAAGAUUAACAAGAUUGCUCCAGAACUUGAGGUUAUUGCUCAAUCCAUCAAUAGCAGACCUGAAAAGUUACCUGAAACAUUGGUUGAGCAACAAGCAUCUCUUGAAGACUUAGAAUCUUCAAAGGCUCGUCUUGAAGCAUUGAUCAGCGAACUUCCUGAAGGACCAGAAGGAGACGAACAACGACAGAAGAGUCAAUGGGAUCUUUCACGUUUGAAGGAUCUGCUGAAGCAACUUGGUGAUUUGGUUGGAGACAAAAUGGCUGCACUUGCUGCUUUCAACAGUUCUCGCAAAGAUGCUGAAGACAACUUGCUUGCCAUCACAUCAAAGUAUACCGAAGAGCCAAAGGACUUACCUGAAGAACAAUUGUUACAAGCUAUUGCUAAGGAUCGUGAAGUGUUGGACAAGCUUCAUGAGAAUGUUGCCAAUAUUGAUGUUGCCAUUCUCGAUGAUGCUCAAAAGAAAGAACAUGAUGAACUGCUGAACCGUUUGAGCAAAGCUCAAGAAUUGCUUGAGAAACGACAAGCAGCCUUGGAAGAUCGUCAGCAGAAGCAGAAAGAUCUUGAAGAGCUUCACAAGAAGACCAUACCUGCUCAAUCACGAUUGGCCAGUUUGGUUAAUGCUGCUAAUGAUUUAGUUCAAGAUGCCCAAGGAGUUCCAUCACAAUACCGACCUUCAGCCGACGAAUUGGCCCAAGAAGUUGAAGUUGCUAAGAAUGUUGUGGCUAAUGCACCAUCUGAUGAACCAACAGUUCAAGCACUUCAACAAGCCAUUGAUGCUGCUCAUCAAAUUAUUCCCAUUCUCCAAGAUCGUGCCAACACAUGGGAUGAGUUCGUUGAUGCUCGUAACGACACUGACGCAGAGUUGGAACGUCUUCGUCAACCACUCGAUGCAGCAUUGGAAAAAGCCGUUCGUAGCAUUGAUGAUGCUAAGGAUGAUUUACAGAAAUUGAGCGAAGCAAACAAAUCUGCUGAUAUUUUGGCCGACAAGAUCCGUAACUUGCAACGCUUGUCUGAACUUCUCAACCCUCUGGAAUGCACCUUUACUGAUGUUCGAUUCAUUGAUGUUGAUGCUGAACAAACCAACAAACAGUAUGAUGAAAUCUUGGACGAAUUAGCAAAUGAGAUUGAGGAAGAGAAGAGCUUGAACGAUUUUAUUGAGCAUAUCGAAAAGGAGCUUCAACAAAUCAAUCAACUUCUAUCUACCAACCCUGCUGCUGAAGUAAUCGAUAGUUUGGAAAUUCACGAAAUUCCAGCUAUUCGUUCCCAAAUUGAUAUUCUGAAGAAUAAGAAGGAAGAACUUCAAGCUGGAAACAAGCACAUCAAGCCUGAUCAGUCAAACAAAGUUCCUGCUCUUUGUGAACAAGUACCUGACUUGGACGGAAGGUUACAAGAAGCUAAGGCUGUUCAAAAACAAGCUGAACAAGAGGAAGUUGCUCAACUAUUGAUAGCUCAAGUUACUCAAUUAACUCAAAAGCCUCUUGAUCAGUUAUCGGAAGAAGAUGUUGCUGAUGUGGAACGCAAUCUUGAAAAGUUGCCUGAAACUCAACAGACUGAACUUCGCCACAAGCUUGAUGAAGCCAAGGACGCUAAGAAGAAACAUGAAGAAGCUGUUAAGCAAGCUCAAAAGGAAUUAGCUGAUGUUACUGAACAAUUUGGAAGUCUCACUGCUACACCUGCCCCAUCAAAGAAGAGCAAGAAGGGUAAAGGAAAGAAGUCUGACAAACCAGAAGAAGAAACAGUCGCUGUUCUUCAAGACAAACUCAACCGAAUUAAGGAGCUGUCCGACAAACUAUCAUCAUUAUCAGAAGCUCCACUGCCAUCUUCGGAAAGACAGAAGGUUGAUGAACUUCUUAAUAACUUGAAGCAAUUGGCUGACGCAACUUCUGAAGAUUUGGCUAAGAAGAUUGCUGAGGAACAAGAACUGAACAGACUUCUGGAUGCACUCAAAAAUUUGGAAGACGAAUUGAAGAAUGCUGAACAAACUGUUCCAGCAUUGAACAACGUCGAACAACUAUCUGAUUUCAAGAAGAACAAUGUUCCAAAGUUGGCUGAAAAACUUGCAGCUAUUGAUCGUGCCAACACAUGGGAUGAGUUUGUGGAGCUGCGAGAAGUUCUACAGGAUAAGAUAGAAUUAGUUCUGUUGAAGUUGGACGAAUCCAAUCAAAGAGAACUGCUGUCUACCGAGGACGGGGAAAGUUAUCUUGAUAGCAUGAAGGCCUUAAUCAAUUCAAAUGAAGAAAUCAAUAGAUUAUCCGAAACAUUAGAAGAUAUUGUUUACAAACUUUCUCCUUUACUAAUUGUCGAACAAGAAAAACGUUUCUUGGAUGUAGAUGUAGAGUCUAAUGGGAGACGAUUAGAGGAGUUGUUACAAAAACUUUCCAACGAACUAUCUGAAGAAUUAGAAUUGAAUAGAACACUUUCAAUUCUAACAACAGAACUCGACCAGUGUCGCGAUGAUUUGAGUGUAGAAGACAAUGAUCAUAAUAAUAGAAUGAGUCGCGAGUCACUUUUGAACGAUAUUAUUGCACACCUUGAGAACCAGAUUGUAAUUGUGCAGCGCAGUACUAACCGACGUCAAUUCAUCAGAAGCAGCACAUCUGCUGAAUUAGAACGUUUAUUGGCUCGCGCACAUGAACUCUUGGAAUCGUUACGAAAUAUCCCUGACAGUAGCGAAGAUGUUGAAGAACGGGAGUAUGAUGUAGAUGCCGCUGCGAACGUUCUUGCAGCGCUAUAUCCAAACGAACAUCCAUAUAAUGUACUUCAACAACAUGGAAUUGAAGGAAUUCCUUCAGAAGCCGACUCGAGUGAAAUGUCAACGGAAGAUUCAUCUGAAGGCAGAUUCUCCCCAAUGCCGGAAGACGAAGCUUUGGCAAAUCCACAUUUGCGUAGACAACGCUCAAGAUGGAGACGGGUUCUCAGAACAGCAUUGCCCCUACAGGCUAUGCUGGUUCUACUUCUCGGAGCCGCAUGUUUGGUUCCCCAUUGUGAUGACGAGUAUUGCUGUCAGCUUUUAAACAAUUUUGCAAGAAGUUUUGAUCCAUCUAUAGAAUUUGUGAAUGGACCUCCCCCAUUCUAG